CACCUCCGGGGAAGAACUCUGAAGCAUGGAUGGCUUCUGGCAAGAUGCUUGGUCUGCCACCUGACCGAUGGACGACUAGACCAGGAGAAGCGCUGGAUUGGAAACGCUACCAGGGCAGAAAAACAGGACGCAGCAUGCCUGGCACGUCCACGCUCUAUGGAGGUGUUGCAGGACCAGUAGCCGCUGCCAUUGGGGCCUGGAGGAGUUCGCUCCUGCGAUCCAAGGGGCCAAAGGUUCGGUACCAAUCUCAACGAGCCUCCAAGGAGAAGACAUGUCUGGCGGAAGAAGCCAUCCACAUGUUGAAAGAGCCAGCUCCAGCUGCCUUCCGCACUGCUUUGAUUGAAGGUUUUCGCAAGGAAGUUCACAGCUUCAACCCAGAAGUACAUCAAGGUGACCGUCAGCAGCUGUUGCAGCGCUUGCGGCGCUGUCGCUUGGGGCGAAAGGCCACAGCCUUCAACUUGGAAGUGAACCAAGCGCAACAGGUGACCCAGGCCUACGUCCAAGCGCUCUGGAGCUUAGCAACCUCCAGAGGCCUGGCGGUGAACAGCAAAGGCAACAAGAUGCGCAGUGCCGCGGCUGAUCUUGCUCGUGCCUUUCUGGCCGACCAGGAGAGCCAGGAGAGCCAGGGUCCACCAGAUCCCCCGUCAGGUGCCUGGAAGGCCAUCGGCAGCUGGUUGAAGGAGGGUGCCCAGGAACGCCUGAACGAGAGCGGCAUGCAGGCCGACGACUUUGACGAUGCCGUUUUGCCCUUCUGGCGGCAUCAGUUGGCGCGCGUGACGCGGCCUGAGGCCUUGCGAUUAGUCCCGCAGCUGGGCGGUGACAACCGCUUCGGCUGGCUGCGAAGCAUGGCUGGGCACAAACCCACGGCCCUCUUCGCGCAAGCCUUGCAGUGGAAGUCGCAGACACCGCACUGCGUCUUGCUGGUGCAGGUGGGUGAUUUCUUUGAGGCUUGGGGCAUCGAUGCCGUGAUGUUGGUGCAGUGGUGUGGCUUGAAUCCCAUGGCCAGGAGGGCUCGCGCUGGUUUCCCGGUGAACGCGGCCAGCCUGCAGCAGACCGUGGAUUGUUUGACCCGUGCCGAAUUGUCUGUGGCGGUCUACGUCCAGUCGGCGGAGAACAAGACGAUGCGAGUGCUACGACAAGUGCUGACGCCUGGAGCACCAACCUACCUUCAUGGCAAUGAACUGGGAAAGGAGGCCAUCGGUGAGUUCAGUGAAGGCCGGCCCUACAUCGCGAUGCGUCUCAGGACGGACGGCCUCCUCUUCGCGGAGAUCCGGCCCUUCCGCCGGGAGGUGCGCUUCCGCGAGGACGUGACGCCCGAGGCCGUUGAGGCUCUUUUGGCGGAUCAGGAUGGAGUGGCGUGGCCCAUCUUUGUGGAUGGCUCCCGCAGAUCCUUCCAACAGGUGAACAAGUGGAAAUGGUUUCCGAAGCAGCGGAGAUGGUUGAAUUUGCCAUCAGAGGUUCGGGAUGACUAUUUCUUGAAUCGCUGCUGUCAAGAACUGUGCCAAACUCUUCAGCUAGCGCAGGAGCCUCCUUUUGUCCAUGUUCGUUUGAACACCGCCGGAGCACUGCAACCGCUGACUUUGUCCACCGCCAAAAAUCUCGGGGUGUUGAAGCAGGACGGCGUGCCCUUCCUGGUGGCGCACGCUUUGUCGCCAGAGGCGCCUGCCUCCACGCGGCGCCUCUUGAGGCGUUGGUUGCUGGCGCCAAGGUCACAGGAGAGCGUGCAUGCCAUGCGCCAGAUGCUGCGAGCCUUUAGUUCAGACCAGGCCCUAGUUCUUCCCUCCCUACAUCGCGUGCCUCCUGUGGCGAAGGUCAUCGCCUACAUCACGGCCCGCACGGGCACGGAACGUCUCUUUCGGGACGUCAUGGAUUGCGUCAUGGGCCUGAAGACUUUGUUGGAGAACCAGAGGUAUGAAGAUCUCUGGAAUCCCUUGUUGAAGAUUGUGGCCUCCGAGACAGGUUUAGAGGACCUACCUCGCGAUGAUUUUUUGGCAGAUCUGGACGACAUCUUGCACCUGCUGCAGAAGUGGCUCCACGAUACAUCCCAGUCUGACGAUCCAUUGGCGGACUGCCAUGUCUCAGAGGAUGUGGAGACCCAGCGCGCCGUGGAGCGAAUCUUUGAGUCGAACGAAGCGUUUCGGGGGGUUGCAUCGCAACAGCAGGAGUUAGUGGCUGAUGCAUACGGAAGCCUGAAGUCUGCCCGACAUGAGCUUUGCGAAGCCUUGAGGGAAGGACUGCCCCCAGAUCAACCAGGCGUCUUGGUGUAUAACCCGUUUGACAAUGACAUUUGCUUCAAGAAGAAACCGCUGGUGGACAGUCAUGGUGCACAUGAUCGUCGCGGCAAGGUCAAAAAGGAGCGUUUCACAACGAAAAGACUGGAGGCUGCACUGGCGACUUACUUGGCCUGCGCCAAGAGGACUGAAGCUGCCACGCAGCAAGCCUUACAACAGCUCUGUUCAGAGCUCGGGGGCCAGGUGCCGGCCCUGCGCAGCGCCGUGGCCGCCGCCGAGCUGCUGCUAACGGCGCACUGCCACGCCAGCCAUGCCUUGCGUGGCUUGGGAAGGUGGAAGGAAGUGGCUGGAGCUUGCCACAGAUCGGGGGAGAGCGACUGGACGCAAGCCUUGCACCAUAUUGGAGCCUUGCGCUACAGCGUGAUGGACCCGGGGGAUGCUGUUUUCUCCCACGUGCAGCUGGAGUCGGGACGCGGUGCCGUUGCCACUGGUCCCAACAUGUCGGGCAAGAGCACCUUGAUGCGAGCGCUAGGUGCCUGCGCCCUCCUGGCGAAUUGUGGCUUCCUCUGCCCGUGCAAACCAAAGGCUGUGGUGCCACACUACAGCCAGGUGGUUUGGGUUUCAGCUGAAGGGGACCGCCCGGCAGAGGGAAUCAGUGCUUUUGGCUACGAGGCAAUGAUCUCGGCCACGCUGCUACGGAGGGCCACGGAGGGCACACUGGCGCUGGUCGAUGAGUUUGGCCGUGGCACAGAACCUCGUGCUGCCAAGGCCGCGGUGUGCACCCUGAUCGAAGAGCUUUCAGGGAGGAAAACACAGUUUGUGGUAGCCACUCACCUGCACGAUGUCGUGGAUGUAAAAUUGCGCACUGGAGCGCAACCUGUGGCGUGGCGGAUGGGCAUCAAAGGGAGCUCCCAGUUUGGGAACUGGACCUAUCAACUGGAACUGGGAGUUUGUCGUGAUUCGUUGGCAGCUCAAACCCUGUCGCACUUUGGUUGGCCCAAGAUAGCCUUGGAUCGCUUUCAUGCGUUGCUGGAGGUGGAGGAGCAAGAAGGGCGAAAGACCGACGGCAGCAAUGACCACACCUUGGCCCUCAAUGAUGCGAAGGAAAGUCCCAUAGAGCCGAUGGAUGAAGGUCUUGAGGUCGCAGAUCCAGGAGAAGCUGUGAUGGAGAUGAUGUCAUCCUUCGGAGCUGCUUCGGAGAUUCUCCGGUUGAAGCCCCGCGACGUGCCGCCAGCGCCACUUUGCGCUGGGGCUUCCAUUCUCUACACCCUGAUUCUCAGGGGUCAGAUCUUGUACAUAGGACAAAGUGACAACUUGCAACAGCGUCUACAGCAACACCGGCAACGCUUUGGUGAGCGACUGGAAGCGGUGCUGAUGAUGCCUGUGGAGAAUACCUCCACGGCGCGGCGGCUGGAGACUCAGCUGCAACGCGACUGCCAGCGUCGCGGGAUGACCUUGGAAUCCAAUGCAGAUGCACUGCACAGGAAUUUUCCGAUCAAGGAUGAUAUGAAGGCUUCAGGAGCCCCUGCAGAGUUGCGCCGCAUGGCGCAGGAGCUGAUGGAGAUGGCUGAGCAAUUGGAGGCGAUGGAGCCUCGGGAUGGAUGA